CCUCAUCUUCCUCCUCUUCAACAGAUCUUCUAGAGUCUUCUACUCUUUCUUGAUAUCCAAGUCAUUAACAACGCAUCCCUUGACCCCCUUCGAUCUAUCUCACCUCAUUUCCCCACACAAAUACUCAGCCAGUAAGUCAUCCUUCAACUCUAGACCUUAAGCUUACGCUAACCUCCCUAGAAAUGCUUUCCUUCUCCAAACUCCUCCUUCUCGCAACCCUCUUCCUCUCUGGAACCCUCUCCCUCCCCGUCGCCGAACCGGCCAACAUCGGCGUUAACGUCAUUCCUGGUAUUGGUCUCGCACGCGCCGCCAAGCACCAAGGGUCACGGAGCAUCCAAACCGCCGAGCCUGGGAGUGUUGAGAAGCGAGAGGCUGAGGCCGAGGCUGAGCCGGGUAAUGGGUUCCAUACCGGCGGCCAAUUUGGUGGGGGUAUUACCAGGGGCUCUAAGCGUGAGGCUGAGCCUGGUAAUGGGUUCCAUAGCGGCGGUCAAUUUGGCGGAGGUAUCACCAGGGGUUCCUAGAUACCGCACCUCGCCUCUCGCUGUCGAGAAAGACAGAGAAAACGGGAAAGGACAAAAUGGGUAAUGGGGGCCCGAACUUGGGGUUCCCUUCUGCGGAAGGGGUGGAAAGGUACAGGGUAUAUGGUUGGGCUGGGCUGGC